AUGAUAUGCAUAAAAUGUGGAAGGUGUAACUCCAGCUUGUAUACUGUGUAUAACAAGACGAACAUAAAGCUGAACGAUUGUAACCGAUGUAAUAAAAUAUGUGAUGAAUAUAUGGAGAAAAAUACUUUCUUAAUUUUUAUGAACAUUUUAUUCUUAAAGCCUGAAAUUUAUAGACAUAUAAUAUUUAAUAGACUUCAAUAUCAUGAGAAAUUUAUUCACGCUUUUUUCUUAAAGAUGAUAAUAUUAUUUUUGAUAAUAAAUGCUUAUUUACACCCAAAUUUUGAAAGUGAAUAUAAUGAAAAAAGUACCUUAUCAGAUAUAUUUUUAAUGAAUAGCAAUUUUGAAACAAGCACAGAAAAUAAUUCGAUAAUGCGUUACAACUGCUCUUCCUACACAUUGUUUAUGUAUAAAUAUGAUGAUAAACAUAAAUUAUAUGGACUAUAUAACAUAUUUAGCAAUUCCCAUAUCCCCAAUUUAGUUAAUAUACAUAAAGACAAACUAUUGACGUGCAUAUUUCAUAACAGAUACAGGGAUCACAAUGUUUGCAUUUUGAACAGAAAAUAUAAUCAUACAGAGGAUUACGACAAGCAAUUAAUUGAUAUAUUUCUGCACAACAACACAAAAUAUGCGAAUAGUCCUAAUGAGAUGGAAAAGUGGAAACUGAACAAACAGAUCUAUGGGGAAAAGGGGGAAAUGGACAAAAAGCAGAAAAACAAAUUGGAAAAUAUACAGACUGACAAAUGGAAUAAUUUAAAUGAAAAGGAAAACAUUUGGGAAAAUUUACAAACGAUUGGGAGUGGAAAAAAUAGAGUAGUCGAGUUUGUAAGGAAGAUAGUGAAAUAUGAAUCGAUUUUUAAAUUAAAAAAGAAUAAUCAAUUGUUAAAAAAUGAUAUUAUUACCCUUAAAAAUUCUGAAGAAUAUAAUAAUCUAUUUCAAAUUAUAAAUGUUCUUGUGUAUUACAACAUUGAUGAUUAUAAAAUAGUUCUAGAGGCGAGAGAAAAAGAAACACAUAAUUUUCAAUAUGUUAUGAAGUUUUUACGUAAUAUAUUUUUUUAUAAAAUGGAGAAAAAAAAAAAAAAUUAUUUUAAAAGUAAUUCACACGUAUUUAUAAAGAAAAAAAAUUCCAUUGAUUAUUGCCCAGACACAAGUAAAGAAUUUAUCUUUUCAAACAAAUGUUAUACCUGUGAUUAUAGAAAUUGUUUUUACCCAAUUGAUGAGCUUGAUGGGAUAUGUAAAAAUUUGUUCAAAAAGAUAAAUUUUACAUUUUACAAGAAUGUGGAGGAUAUUACAAAAAAGCAAAAUAAAAAGCAAGACAAGUUUAAAAUUAAACAAAUUAGCAUGUAUUCAAAACUUUUGUUUUCAGAUUUAGACAAUGAAAAAUAUAUUUUAAAAAUAUGUAAUUCGUCUUUUUCAUUUAAAAAAUUAAUAUCUGUAACUAUUAAUUAUAUUUUAUAUUUUCUCUUUUUAUGUGUUUUUACCUAUAUACUGAAGAUAUAUCAACAAAGAAAAUAUAAAAUCCAUAUAACUAUGGUAAAGUAUAAUUAUCUUUUUAUGCUUUUUGUAUUGAGCAAUUAUCCCUUACUCAUAUAUUUCAUCCUCAAUGUAUUUAAUUAUAAUUACAUUAAUAUAUACCUAAAUGUGUAUACAAUUAUUUGUAACAUUAUAGCAUAUCACAUAUUUAUAUCUAAUGACAACAAUUACCUUUGUUAUUCCAUAUUUUCUGUGUUUACAAGUUAUAUUUUGAAAAAUAUUCUGAUGAUUAAAAUAAAGGAAUAUAUUUAG